AUGACGAAGUAUAUUUGCUGCUGCUGCAGUGCACCGGCAGUUCUAAACCACCUAAUACACACAUUAGCGGCUCGCAUGCAGCAGCAGCAGCAGCAGCAGGAGAGACCGUUGCUGCAGCCGCAGCAACAGCAGCAGCAACAGCAACACUUUGCCCCAACGAGGCCACCCACACUUCCAUCUCGUCUAAUAUGGCAGCAGCACCAGCUGCUGCUGCUGCGGACUUAG